AUGAUUAUAAAAAGUUGUCCUAAGUUGACAAAAGUGCCAUGCCUCGCAUCUGUUCAUCAUUUGGAGCUGGAAAACUGUAAUGAAAUGCUAUUGGGUUCAGCAGCUAAUUUUCCAUCGCUUACCAGUCUUGUAAUUCAUUUGUUUCCGGAGCUCACGUAUCUACCAGAAGGAAUGCUUAUAAAUAAGUCUGUUCUCACGUCUCUUGUGAUUAGCAGUUGCCCCAAGCUUUUGUACCUACCUGAUGAGUUUAUUCACCUUGUAUCCCUAAAAUCAUUGGUGUUUCGUCGAUGUAAUAGUUUAUCAUCUUGCCCACCAGAACUGCAGAGCCUUUCUUCCUUGACAUCCUUGGAGAUUUGUGAUGUCCAAAAAUGCCUACUUUGCAAGAAGAAAUCAGAGCAGUUGACAGUUGUGCAUUGCCCAAACCUGGCCUCUUUGCUGGCAGACAUCCAACAUCUGUCUGCACUUAAAAGUUUGAUCAUUUUAAGGUGUCCAGAGCUGGAAUCUCUACCAUAUGAGCUUACACAAAUCAGAACGCUGCAGAGUCUGGAAAUUCAAAGUUGUCCUGGUCUCAGAGCUUUGCCAGAUUGGAUUGGGAACAUUCCCUCUUUACAAUCUCUAGCAAUUUUGGAUUGCCUUAAUCUAUCUUAUCUGCCAGCGGGACUUAAACAUCACAAGGGCCUCCAGCAUCUCUCAGUUCAAGAUUGUCCCAAGCUAGAAAUGACUGUUUGAAAAUGGAGAUUGGAGAGGUGAAAAUUGGUAAAAACAAAAGCAUACUCUGUACAGAAGUUGGGCCAUUUUAUUCCAUGCAGCAGAAUUCGACAAGAAGCUCUUCAAUAUCAUAAAUUUUCUGCAAUCACCAGAUUCAACAUUCUCUCAUGACACCUGUAAAAGUCAGCACCAUAUGUUCAGUGAAAAAGCUCAAACUUGGAGUUCCAUCUGAGAAAGAAUGGCUGCGAUGCCUUUUGGCAUUUGAAUGGAAUACAAGUUGUUUCAAUGCUGUUCCUGAUCAACAUUGGGAGCCAGCAUGUAGCAGUGCCGGAAGCACAAGAAGACCAUUCCAUUUGUUCGAAUUGCUAGCUCUCAAAGACAUACAAUGAACUUCUGGUUGAGCGCAAAUGCGAACUCUCAGGUCAAGUAUGUUAUGGUUGUGCUCUCAUUGGUAUUUGGAAUUACUGAAUCACAUUUAAAGGAUACCAAAUAUUGCAGCCGCCCAACAAAACUAUCCUUGCUUACUUUUGAUGUCUUUAUGGAAGAGUUGAUAUUCUGUAAUUGUUUAUUUCGGAGCAAUGCAUAUCUUGUACCAC